AUGAAUUCAACAGCCAGCCUCAAGACCCUGCUAUUGUUAGCUUUGACCCUAGGUGUCCAGCAUACCAUUGCUGGUUGCAAUGGGGGUUGUUCAUACACAAAACACACAAAGCUCUCUUCGUGCUCAAGAACAAUUACAUGCCUACACAAUCACAAUCCGGAAGGGUGUCGUGGUAACAUUGAGGUCACCACAUGGCAAUGCACGGUUUGUAAUGACAACUUUGACAUGCCUGAUGGAUGUCAGAUGGUGCAUAAGCAACGUGAAAAAUGUAAUGAGCUCACUUGUGGUAAACAUCUCCCUGUGAAUAAGUCCAAAUUGCUCCGCAAACCCAGAAUGUUAUAA